CGAAAGGAGAGAGAGAGAGAGAGAGAGAAGAGAACACUCUGUCCUCUAUUCGGAGGUUUUAGGGUGUAUUAAAGUCUCCUACUCACAGCACAGCACGGCACCGUCGCAGAGAGAGAUUCGGUGGGUGGAGUUGGAAUUUUUUUGGAGUACAAAAAAUGGCGGAGGUGGAGGAGUCUCACGGUGGCUCCGCCGUCACAGAAGAGACCAAGGAGGUGGAGGCCAAGGAAGGCCAUACGGAGUCCCAGAUAAAGCUUGCCAUGGUCUCUCGCGUUCGCCAUUUCAAGGAGCAAGCCGAUUCCUUGACUUUUGAGGGUGUUCGGAGGUUAUUAGAGAAGGACUUGGGAUUAGAGACUUAUGCAUUGGAUGUACAUAAGAGAUUUAUCAAGCAAUGUUUGUUGGAGUGUUUGAAUGUCGAUGGUGACAAUGGGUCUAAGAGUUUAGCUGAGACGGUGGAGAAAAAUGAUGCUUCAAGUAAAGGAGAAGUGGCAAAGUCACCUGAAAAAGAGGAAAUGAAGAAAGAUGUGGAGGAAUCUAGCUCUGAAGACGAAGAUAAAAUGGAAGACUCUCCAGUAAUGGGCCUUCUAACAGAACAUAAAAAAAGCAAAGUUCAAACUAAGGAAACUCGAGCCGUUGAAAAGAAAGAAGUUCCAAGUGAGGGCACAAUAAAAGAGGCUGUUAAAAAAAGAGCUUCUUACCUAAAAGCUAAUUCUGAUAAAAUUACGAUGGCUGGAGUUCGUCAACUUCUGGAGGAAGAUCUUGAGCUUGAGAAAAAUACUCUUUAUCCCUUCAAGAAGUUUAUAAGUGAGCAAGUAGAUGAGGUAUUAAAAUCCCUUAAAGUUUCUGAACCUGCAAGUGAUGUGAAGAAGAAAACUUCUGAGAAAAAAAUUCUUAGCAAAGCAUCAAAAAAGGUCAGCAGUGGAGGAAGUUCUGAUUCGUUAGAUGGCAAAAGUGAGGAGAUAGAAGAUGAAGUAAAAUCAAAAAAGAAAGUUGCCCCCAAAAGAAAAAUUCAGAAAUCUGAAGAGCCCAGGAAGGCUAAAAGACCUGCAAAGGAGACCAAGGUGUCUAGCCAGAAGCAGAUCAAGCUAGCAGAAACAUCAGAGGAAAAUAAUGAUGCAGAAGCUGGUGGAAAUGCAUCUGAAGAUGAUCAAUCUCAAUCCUCUGCUGAAAAACCUGUGAAGAAGAAAGAAGUAGCAGCUCCUGCAUAUGGGAAACGUGUGGAACAUCUAAAAUCAAUAAUCAAAUCUUGUGGGAUGAGUGUUCCUCCAGUAGUUUAUAAGAGAGCCAAGCAGGUAUCUGAGAAUAAACGCGAGGCCUUUGUAGUAAAAGAGCUAGAGGAGAUACUCUCAAGAGAGGGAUUGUCCAAAGAUCCUUCUGAGAAAGAAAUCAAAGAAGUCAAAAAGAGAAAGGACAGAGCAAAAGAACUUGAAGGCAUUGACAUGAGCAACAUUGUCUCAAGUACACGCAGAAGGUCUACAACUAGUUUUGUACCUCCUCCAAAACCCAAAAUACCUGUUGAAACUGAAGGCAAUGAUGCAGAAGAUACUGAUAGCAGUAGUGAUGAAGAUGAUGCUGAUGAUGUUGAAGAUGGUGAUGACAGCCAGAGCGAAGAGUUGAACGAAGAUGAUGACGAGGACAGCGAUUAAAUUUGCAGAAUCUGUUUUGACAGAUGACUGUAAAAAGAGGCCUCCGCUAGGUACAAUUAUGUACUUUGUGUAAUUGUGUUCUCGCGCAUGCGGGCGGUUUUUUUAUUAUUUUUCCUUAAAUGAGUGGGGAUUGGUGGUAUGUGAUAGUAUCAUACUCUCAGCUUUACCUACUAGGGUUUUAAUCUAUUCAGUUUAGGACUCAAAAAACUAGUGUCAGUAAUCAGUUGGAGUCUGUAGGCACAAUUAUCUCUGUUUGGUUAUAUUAUAUAUGUGAUGAUGUGACUAAGAAAUGUGGAUACUCUUGAGUAGUUUUUGUUUUUGUUUGUGUUUGUGUUUGUGUUUGUGCUUUUGUUUUUGUUUUU